GACAUUGUUUGUAAGUAAUGACAAUAAUAGACUAAUAAACCAAUUUUUUUCAGAAUUCUUCGUAAAGGAACAAUCCAAUAAAAAUCUACAUUUGAUUGCAACAAAUAAGCAUUUAAUUCUUUAUUUUAUUUGAUCAAAACAUUUCCUUAGUGUAAUAUUCAUUUUUUAAUAUGAUUCUACAGCUUGGCCAAAUUAUAAGGAUUACAUUUACUAAUCUAUCUUCAAACUCUGUUUAGUGACUAGGACAAUGCAUCAGAAAGAUUCUUUCCUUGCAUCAAAUAACUUUUGAAUAUAUGUAAAAAAAUAAAAAAUUUGAUCAAUGAACAUAUGUAAAUUAGUUUUCUGUAAAUGAGACCCGAAUCACACACAAAAAUUACUAUAAAUGUGUUUUUCUAGAAAUAUGAAAUUGGAAAAGUACUAAUAUUUUAGCAAUCAUGAAGUAUUUGAUAUUGCACUGUUACCUGAAUGAAAAUGAAUCUAACAUAUAAAGAAAACAGUGCUUAAAAGCUUCACAAUGGAUACAUUUUCAAAGAGGAAAGACAGCUCAAUCAAGUUGUUUUCCUGGUAGGCCUCUCCUGGUGGGGAAUGAUUUGAAGCAACUUGAUUUUUAGAUAUUUUUAUUAAUUUCGGAGGCUCCACAAGAUUAAACCUAAUCCACCCUCUUUUUCUUAUUUAUUAUAAAGAACAUAUAAUAUAAUUAAUUUGGAUGCCCUAUGUGCGUAUUUUGAUACUUUAUAUAUAAUGGCGCCACCAUCCAUUAUUGGUGAUUAUUGAUAAGUUUUUGUUUGGUUGUCACUGGCAUGCUAAUUAAUUGUAUCUUCAAAAUUGAAUAUGGUUAUCGCGUUCCUAAUACUUUAAGCUGUUUUGUGUACUUGUGUGGUGGUUCCUAGCAUAGUGAAUUCUUAAUCUUUUUUUUGGAGAGAGAUAUAUACCACAAUCAGUAAGUUAGUUAAUAGUUUGCAUAUAUAACAUGACAAUAAUACAAAUUUCGCGCCGAUGCAACUAAACGUUUCAAAUACCAUCACAUUCAUGCUGUUACGGAAUCAUUAUAAAUGUAGUCAUUUGUGUUGUAUGUUUUAAUGAGUGAAGAGAUAUCACUGAGAUUACCAGAUGAUUUUUUUUUUUGCUAAUAGAAGAGAUAUUCGAAAGUACUUUAUUUAUUUAUUUUUUUGCUAAUAGAUGAUUACCAUAGAUGAUUAUUUGCAAGUUAUAUUAUUUAACCAUGCGAAUUUGAAACUAAUCUUGUUUCGAUGAUUACCAUAGAUGAUUACUUGCUCAAUGCCGUAGACAGUCAAGUGAUAAACCUAUAAGUGAUGUCAAAAAAAAAAAAAUAUAAACCUAUAAGUUUAUCUGCAACUACCGAUCUCUGAAAUGCUUUUACAACUAUGUAAAUGAAGUCUAACACUACUUUACUGUUUGGCAUGUAUCUAUUUCCCCUUGUUAACUGGUUCCUUCACGUUUUUUAGAUGCUAUGUUAGGAAUUCGACAUUGGAAUGAAAUUAUUGUUUUGAACAACUGUAGAUUUGGACCAAAAUUCAUGAUAAUUUUUGGGACCUAUCAACUAGAAGACUCCAGUCCUAAUCUUCCAUAAAAUGAAUCACUGAAACAUUAAACCACAAUAUAUAUGAAUUAGUAUAUUAAUUUAUUGCAUUUUUUUUCUUAUUUUAAUUACGGAUAUUUAAGGGCAAAUAAACAUGAUGACACAAACAGAUUAAAACAAACUUGGCGUGACAUAACGUAGAUGUCCCUUUAGUACUGACUUCGUUUUCGCAUGGAAGCAUGAAUGUGUACCGUACCGUGCACGUAGACUUCUUCAUAAAACCCUCUUUCCACCAACAAACCCCAGUCACAAAUUCUCAGCUAUUGAGAUUUGAACAUUUCAUCCAAAAAAUGUUCUUUCAGAUUAUUCAGGGGGUUUUCACCGGCGUUGAGGCAUUAGCUCUCUUGGCAUUCGCUGGUAUAACCCUUGGCGGCUCAGCCGUGGGACUAGCUUUAAGCACGCCGCUUUUUAUUCUAUUCAGUCCGAUUCUCGUGCCAGCAACUAUAGCCACCACUUUGUUAACUACGGGUUUCACAACCUCCGGGGGCUUAGGAAUCGUGGCUCUCCGCAUCUUCUGGAAGCUCUUCAAGCGUCUUAGGAAGAAGGGGAAAGGAACGCCAAAAAUUCCGGGAUUGGCCCCGGGGGCUCCAGAUUCUAACUCAGUGUCUGGGGGAUAAACGGAGUAGGCUUUCGUAGUAUGAGAUAAUCUAUGGAGGAAUUUAAUGAGAAUUGAUGGGGUUCCUUAAAUAAAACCUAAAAUUAUCCAGUGUCUUUAACGUAAUACUGAUUACGCGCGGAUGAAACUAAUGUUUCAUAUACCAUUCUUCAAAUGUAUAUCGUGUUACGAAAUUAUAGUAAAUGUACUCGAUCGUGUUGUAUAUUUUAAAGAAUUAAGUGAUAUCACUGAGAUUACCAUAGAUGAUUAUAUUCAAGUUACAUUAUUGAUUCAAUGAAUUAUUCGACUUUGAAACUAAUGUUGCUUCUACCAUUUUGUUUUAAAAGAUAAACCUUAAAGUUCAUCAUUUGCAACUAUCGAUUUCUGAUUUUGUUUUCUGCAUGCUAUAUAACCUGACGAUACUCGUACCAUAAACAAAAAUUGAUUUUUAUUUGAUGUUAAGAGCUUCUCCGUUUAUUUGAAGUAACAUAAGCUGAUUCUUGUCACUGUUUAUCUUCAUUUAUAAUGUAAAAUAAAAUAUCAUGAUAAAACUAUACUAAAAUACCAAUAUUAUAUGGAUAAAUAUUUGAAAAAUCAUCUUCAUCAUGAGAUGCUCCAAAUUUUUUUUUUUGGUUUCAAAACUAAAAUUUGACAUGUAUUUGCCUCUUGGUAUCUAGCUCCAUCACCUUUAAUUUGUAGCUGUUAUGUUACAAAAAUACUACAUCGGAUAUGAAAUGCUUUUUACACCGUACUGGUUACAUUGUGACAAGCAUAUAUAGGUGUUGUUGUUCGGACGCAUGUAUAGUGAUUUCAUCGGCAGAUCGGCUCCACCAACAACGUUAAUCUUUCCAUCAUGUAAAAUAAAUAAAAGUAAUCAGAAUUAAGGAAAACUUAAUCAUGUAGUAGCUUGGUACGUAAUUGCGUGUGUCUAGUUAAUGAGAAAGCCUUCCUCCUCGCUUUAUUAUUUCAUAAUUUUGUUUGUUUGUUUAAACGCCAAUUCUAUUGCCAAAUCAGACUUUACAUACGAGUGUUUUAGACUUUUUAAUCUAUAUAGUUACAAAAUUUAUGCAAGAACUAACUAAAGAGAAGUUUUAAGAAGAAUGAUACGUAAUCUGUAAAUUUUAUGAACAAUUUGUUUUCAAGUCCUUCAGCCAAAUGGUUGAAGUGAGAAUUUGUAGCGGAGGCAGCUCUCGAGUCUCGAGUUCGACAUAAUAAGAAGCCUUUCUCGUAUAAUCUCGCGAACGGUAAGCUCUUACAAGAAAGAUAAAAUACCAAGAUCAUGACAACCCACACAAUAUAUGACGAAGCAGAUGUGGCGUGACGAAACAUAGAUCUCCAUUUACUCGCAUAAUUUUGCAUGGAAGCAUGAAUAUGUACGUGUACACAAACAUCUCACAAGUCCUUCAUAAAACCUUCUUUCUCCUAGCCAUCACCAAAACACAUCAAAACAAAUAAAUAGUACCCAUUCAAACCAAAUUUCAGAUUUAAUUCUAUAUCCAAAAAUGCUCUCUUCUCUCAUCCAAAUUUUUCAGGUUUUCCAAGUUACUAGUGCUGUCGUUGUAACAGCAGUCUUGUUCGCUUUGGCGGGCAUAACCCUAGCCGGCUCAGUCGUGGGAUUAAUCGUAGCCACACCUCUUUUCGUAAUAUUUAGUCCUGUUCUCGUACCAGCAACUAUAGCUUCCACUCUCUUAGCCACCAAUCUCUCGGCCGGUGCCUUAUUUGGAGUGACGGCGGCUGCUCUUAUAGUCUGGCUCUUUAAACAUAGAAUGGGAGUACACCCGAAGAAUAAUCCACCUCCAGCAGGAGCUCCACCCACAGAAGCAGAUAAACCAGCUGAAGGAACAACAGAAAAACCAAAAGAUAAUUCGACUGGAGGAGCAGCCGAUAAACCAGAAGAUAAACCAGUUGGAGGAGCAGCCGAUAAACCAGAAGGUAAACCGGAUGGAGGAGCAACAAAUAAGCCAGAAAGUAAACCAGCUGGAGGACCAUCAAAUAAACCAAAAGAUAAACCCGCUGGAGGACCAACGGAUAAACCAGAAAGUAAGCCAGCAGAUAAACCCGCUGGAGGACCAACAGAUAAGCCAGGAAGUAAACCGGUUGAUAAACCCGCUGGAGGACCAACAGAUAAGACAGAAAGUAAACUGGUUGGAGAGGCAUCAAAUAAACCAAAAGAUAAACCCGCUGGUGGAUCAACAGAUAUGCCAGAAGCUGGAGAGACAUCAAAUAAACCAAAAGAUAAAUCCGUUGGAGGACCAACAAAUAAGCCAGAAAGUAAACCAGCUGGAGAAACAUCACAUAAACCAAAAGAUAAACCCGCUGGUGGACCAACAGAUAAGCCAGAAAGUAAACCGGCUGGAGAAACAUCACAUAAACCAAAAGAUAAACUCGCUGGUGGACCAACAGAUAAGCCAGAAAGUAAACCAGCUGGAGAGGCAUCAAAUAAACCAAAAGAUAAACCCGCUGGUGGACCAACAGAUAAACUAGCUGGAGGAUCAGUAGAUAAACCAAAAGAUAAACCUGCUGGAGGACCAACAGAUAAACCAACAAAUAAACUGACUGGAGGGGCUGCAAAUAAACCGGCUGGAGAGGCAGCAAACAAACCGACUGGAAAACCGAAAAAUAAACCGGCUGGAGAGAAUAAACCACCGGGAUGGUAUAGGUGAAUGGAGUAGUAUGAAAUUAAAGUAUUGGGUUCCAUAAAUUAUUCCUAAUUUAUCCUACACUACAUGUUUCAUAAUCAUUUCUAUAAAUGUACGACUUGUUACAAAGAAAUGAUAAACAGUGUACAGAAUUUUCUUUGUAAAUUUAUUAAAUUGAUGUGGAUAUCAUUAUAACUGACGUUAGCGUA